AAGUGGGGAGCAUUCUUAUUCUUCUUUCUCUGAAUCCUUAUCUACUCAACGUUGGAGCGGUGGUGAUUGCAAAAAACGUCCUUGCAUAAGUGUUUGAACGCCUAAAAGCAAGUUAUUUUCAGCAACACCUCUCACAAUCAAAGACACAAUCAUGAUGGACUAGGUUCUAAUGCCACGAAUAAUGAUUCCAGAUUGGCAAUUGCGGAGUUUGAUUACAAAGUUUUUGCUGCACAAAAACUGCCUUAAUUUCUACAUUCAAUUGCAAUGGCAGCAAUGCAUUUCGGUAGACGAAUUGGCACCGCAGCAAAGGAAAAACUCGGAAAGCAGAAAAACAUUCGAGCACCAUGGCAUGAUUCAUUUAUGGCUGCUGUUUCUCGUGCCAUCGCAGAAAGGAUUCCUAUGGUGGAUCUUAUUGUCCAUGUCAGAGACGCAAGGAUUCCUUUGUCUUCUGAAUGUGAGUUAAUCCAAAACUACACCAUAUCUUCUUUGAAGCAAAUUAUAGUGCUGAACAAAAUGGAUCUUGCUGGUCCAUCGGCUUUGCAGGCAUGGAUGGAAUAUUUUAGGGAAAGGAACUACAUAUCUUGUGGGGUCAAUGCUCAUAACAAGGAAAGUAUCAAACAGUUUCUAAGCCUAAUACAACGCCAGGUGAGAAAAUUGAGGGGAACUGAUCAUGCUAAUUAUACUGCGACAGUAAUGUUAAUUGGGAUUCCAAAUGUUGGUAAGUCGGCACUUACCAAUGCCUUGCAUCAAGUGGGGAGAAUCACUGCUGCAGAGAAAGGAAAGUUAAAGCAUGCGACUGUGGGUCCAGAGCCUGGGGAGACUAAAGAUAUACGAAGUUAUAAGAUUGGUAGCCAUCCCAAUAUUUACGUGUUAGACACUCCCGCUGUUUUAUCUCCCAAGGUUCCCGAUGUUGAUGUCUUAUCUAAAUUAAUUUUAACAGGAGCAAUUGGGGAUUGUUUUGUCGGAAGACAAGAAAUUGCGCAAUAUUUUCUAGCUAUUCACAACUCCAGUGAGCAAUACAAGAAAUGGGAAAAAUUAUCUACAAAGGAUAAUGAAAGAUUUUUCCCUAACCGUGCAACAGAAUGUUUGACUAACUCUGAGUUGCACAUGAAGCAGAAGAACCAAAUCCCUGCAGAUCACACACAGGACUGCAUAGUGCAGGAUGUUCGACGAACACUUUAUGAAACAAUUUCAUCUUUUGAAGGCAAUAUAAAAUGUGAAGAUGAAAUGGAAGCGCUUAUUGUAACGCAGUUUACUGCCUUGCAGGAAGCUUUCCACGUUCCUACUGAAUUUGAAGAUGCUCAAGACAAGGUUGCCGGGAAGUUGCUUAAUCUUUUCCGUACGGGCCGUCUUGGACAUUAUAUUUUGGAUCAUCUUCCCUCGAAUAUUCACUGA